ACAACCAACAACAAUAAUAAGUCGUCGAAAUUCGGUGCGUGAGAUUGGAGGUUGGAGGAGGAUGGCGCCUGGUUGGUCUGUGAUGUCGCCGGAGUCCCACCUAUUUCAGAGCUGUAAUGGCCUUCAACAGCUAGCCCAGACGUGUCGCUUCAAGGCAUGGUUUUUGGACCAAUUUGGAGUUUUGCACGAUGGAAAACAGCCUUAUCCUGGAGCUGUUUUAGCGUUGGAGAAGUUGGCAGAAUGUGGUACGAAGAUGGUUAUUAUAAGUAAUUCUUCAAGACGCUCAUCGACGACAAUGGAAAAAUUGAAGAGCCUUGGAUUUGACCCCAGUCUGUUUGUUGGAGCCAUUACAAGUGGAGAACUUACUCAUCGUUAUCUGCAAAGGAGGGAUGAUGCGUGGUUUGCUGCUCUUGGUAGAUCUUGCAUUCAUAUGACUUGGAGUUCCCGUGGAGCUAUAUCACUUGAGGGUCUGGGCCUAAGAGUUGUGGACAAUGUUGAAGAAGCUGAGUUUAUAUUGGCUCAUGGUACUGAAGCUUUGGGGCAUCCUUCUGGAGAUUCACUUCCAAUGACCCUUGAGGAACUUGAGAAAAUAUUGGAGCAGUGUGCAGCCAAAAAGAUUCCAAUGGUGGUAGCUAACCCAGAUUAUGUGACGGUUGAGGCUAGAGAUUUGCGUGUAAUGCCUGGUACACUUGCAUCCAAAUAUGAAAAGCUUGGUGGUGAAGUGAAAUGGAUGGGCAAGCCUGAUAAGAUCAUCUACCAAUCUGCAAUGUCUAUAGUUGGUGUCAAUGCCUCUGAUUCGAUUGCUGUUGGCGAUUCACUCCACCAUGACAUUAAGGGCGCAAAUGCAGCCGGAAUCCAAUCAGUUUUCAUUACUGGUGGCAUUCAUGCAACCGAACUCGGACUUGGUAAUUUUGACGAAACUGCUGACAUGAAUUCUGUCAAAGCUCUUGCUUCAAACUAUGGUGCAUAUCCAUCUUAUGUUCUUCCUUCAUUUACGUGGUAGAGUUAUUUCUCUAUGUAUCUAUACAAAAAUACUUGUUUUUUUAGCAAUUGAAGUUCAUGAGUUUUUUUUUUUUUUUUUGAUAA